UACGUCAACCGGUUUCUAGGGAUGCACCAGGACACAGAGGAAAUCCCGAUCGACAAUGGGGUAGAAUUCAGAGGGGAAGUCUUAAGGAAUCUGGUCGUACAUGGCAUCGCCAUUCGGAAUACUGCACCCCACAUGUUGCAAUCUAAUGGCCUAGUAGAAAACGCAAAUCGGGUGAUAAAGACAGCGUUGCGACCAAACAUCGCGGCACGGGAUCCGAGGCCCUGGCCUGAUAUCGUAGAUCACAUCCUGGCCGUCCAUCGGGGAACGCCUCACGAAUCAACGGGCCUUAGCCCCUUCCAAUUACGAACCAAUAGCAUAGCCUGUGUCUUGAUACUGAACCUCCUCGAUGAAUCUUCAUUGAACCGACGACCCACAAGGGCCACGGUUCGGGACAAGGCCAAGCGGCACAUGGAGCUGAUGGAAGGGUCCCUUCCCCGAUUAGCCCGAAAGCGCCAGAAAAUGACUGAGUUGGCCCACGACCGACAGAUCCGCAGCUACGAGGCCCAAAAUGGGAACGCAGGACCACGACCCCAGUAUAAAUUAGGGGAUCUGGUGCAGCUACUAGUGGACGACCUGCCCCUGGAUAUCUUAUCACGGUGUGACAAUCAGCCUGGCACCCACGUGCUUUCCCGAACAUUCGAGCCACGUCUGUUGUGGACCACGAGUACUGAGCUGGACGGUGACAACUGUGUCGAUCCGUCCCAGGCUCUUUUUCUUGAGAUCGACGUCACUGAUCUCACAGUUUGGAACCCCAUCAUCCGACAAGGAAACGUGUGGCAGGAGGAGCAAGAAGGCGAGGAAGAAGGCGAGGAAGAAGGCGAGGAAGAAGAAGAAGAAGAAGAAGAAGAAGAAGGAUCGAGCGAAGAUAGUGACGAUCCUGAUUACAUUCAGGAAGAAGAAGAGGAUAAGGAAGAAGAGGAGCCAGCAGGCGAGGAAGAGGUAGCAGGUGGGCCGAGUCAGCAGCCCGAGCGAAGCAGGAAAGGAGAAGAGGCAGGAGCACGAAAACGGUUGGAAAAGGCGGAGGGGAAGCGGCCAGUUGAGGAAAGGUCCCUGAUGGAUCUAUCGUUGGGAAAUCUGUGGCUCGAUCCAGAGCCCCCGAAGGAAGACGAAGGAAACAAUGGAGCCGCAGCGGAGGGAUCAGGAAGACGUCGCCGAAGGAGUGAAUAGCCGACUUCAUCUGGUUCCUCUGCCCGACCUGCCCUUCGCCUACGUUAGCAUGACUCUGCAUGAG